ACACCAAGCCUUAUCUGUUUUGACAAUAACAAGUAAUUCAUCACAAUUUUACCGAUAAAAAUAUUGAGCUGAUAAAACUGAUAAUGUUAUCAUUUUAUCAGUAUGUAAACGAAAACAAACCCCAAUAACACAGACGCAAUGAUCAGCGUAGCGUAAACAAUGGAUUAUUUGUAUGUGUGCGUAGCUUGUUCGUUCGUUUGGUUGACAAUCGCGAUGUGAUGUAUUCUAUCAUCGCAUGCUGAGUUAUAUUUUCAUCAAAACCUUUUAAUUUUUAUAUCAGUUACUCGAUUCAGUUCUAAAUGUUUUCUUUCGUUGUGUCCGCCUUUCUCUGUUUUGAUUUCUAAAUAUGUGUAAUUUGCCGCCGAAGUUCCAUUCAGUGUGUCGCCUUUGUUUAUCAUUCUGUGGCGAUAAUUGCAGUGAUGUUAAACUUCCAAUUUUCGACCGUGAUAAGGAGAAAUCACGGCUUUCCGAUAUGAUAAUGUCAUAUCUAUCGAUAAUGGUGUAUCCUGGUGACCUCCUGCCACAGGUGGUGUGUGGAAGCUGUGCACAUAAACUUGAUGAGUUUCACACAUUCAGAGAACUUUCACACAAAUCAGAAAGACUGUUAGAACAAUUUCUUCAAUAUGCCAAUUCACUGGCUGGGCCAAAGGAGGAGGUCCUGAGCGUAACGGCGGCGAAGUUGGAUGAGAUAAUCAAACCGUUGAAUGAAAAUGAGUAUGAGCAAGACAAUAAGCUUAAGUACGAUGAGAUCGGCUCGCCGGAUUCCACGGAGGAGAUGAAGAAUUCGGAGAGCCGGCAGGCUGCGGUGGCGCUGCUCUCUAUAAAGCACAACGACCCGACGAAGUACGUCGUGAAGCCGGAGGACGAGCCGCACAUAAUGUUCAAGAGCGUGCCCAGCAUAGCGCCGCCCGAGCGCGCCCGUGAGGUCAUGCACUGUAGCGCAGUUCUAGACAUCAUCUCCAAGGCGGUGGCGGUCGCGCAACGCGAGAACGAAGAAUCGCAGAAGUUCCCCCCUAACUACACCAGCGUCAUCGACAGAACACACGCACUCAGCACCAACGAUGUAAAAUACUCACACGAAUACACCCCGGAAGACCAGUACUUGUACAACGCGUCACAAAACGCCGCGAGUCCGCGCAGCAACCACGACCAUGACAAUAAAGAAAUGGAUCUCUCACUUUACAAUUCUGUUAAAAAUGAACCUUCCGAGCAAAACGAUCACAAUGUUGAUCGCGAGCACUCAAAUUCCUUCUAUCAAGGAGUGUUAGCUCAUAAUAAUACGUCAAAUUACCCUGAUGAAUACAAGCAGUCGGUUUAUGCUCGGUCUUCAAGUAAGAAAACGUCUAAAGACAACUCCUCGGUAUACGAAGAAUGCAGUCAGAGCAGUAGUGGGUCCGAUCCCGACCGACUACAAAUGGAUAUCUCCCAAAUGUCGCAGGAUGACCCCGAGGAGACCCAAUCAGCGCGGUCUACGCAGUCGUCGCCGCCGCCUCCCGAGAACGAGGCCGACAAGGAAUCCCUGUGGCAGGCUCUUCACAGGCAAAACGGUCGCGGCGGCGAAGCGACGCAGCUGCUGAAGCGGCUGAUCAACAGCAAGCACCUCGGCAUGACGGUGUCCCCGCUGCGCGCCGCCCCCUCCCCGCUGCCCGCGCAGCCGCCCAACGGCGCCGUCUCGCCGAACGGCGAGUGGCAGCUGUCAAACCGCGGCGGCGGGGCGGGCACGGCGCGCAGGAAACAGAGCUUCCCGGCGCGCGCGCAGCCCGCAGCGCCUCAGGAUGCGCCCAAUGCGCAGCAAUGGCCGCAGCCGCAGGUCGAUAACCAGGACACCUCAGAAGCGCCAAUAGGCACAGGCGGCAACGGCCGCGCGGCGCCUCGCGUGGAACUGUCGUGCAACAACUGCGGGACGCACACGACGACGAUCUGGCGGCGCGACGCGCGCGGCGAGAUGGUGUGCAACGCGUGCGGGCUGUACUACAAGCUGCACGGCGUGCCGCGCCCAACCGCCAUGCGCCGCGACACGAUUCACACGCGCCGCCGCCGGCCCAGGCACGACCCCAAGCACGCGCGCAAGUCCCGGCGGAGCGGCGGCAGCGGCGGCGGCGCGGGCACCGAGGCGGCGGAGGCGGCGCCGGCGGCGGGCGGCGCGGAGCCGGGCGCCGAGGAGGCCGUGCUGGCGGCGCUGCGGCGCCAGCUGCAGCCGCACCUGCUGGCCGCGCUGCACGCGCACACGCACCACCAGCGCCCGCAGGUACGGCACGCGAGCUUGUGGCACGGAGCGCCGGCGGCGGGCGGCGCGAGCCGGGCGCCGAGGAGGCCGUGCUGGCGGCGCUGCGGCGCCAGCUGCAGCCGCACCUGCUGGCCGCGCUGCACGCGCACACGCACCACCAGCGCCCGCAGGUACGGCACGCGAGCUUGUGGCACGGAGCGCCGGCGGCGGGCGGCGCGAGCCGGGCGCCGAGGAGGCCGUGCUGGCGGCGCUGCGGCGCCAGCUGCAGCCGCACCUGCUGGCCGCGCUGCACGCGCACACGCACCACCAGCGCCCGCAGGUACGGCACGCGAGCUUGUGGCACGGAGCGCCGGCGGCGGGCGCGAGGAGGCCGUGCUGGCGGCGCUGCGGCGCCAGCUGCAGCCGCACCUGCUGGCCGCGCUGCACGCGCACACGCACCACCAGCGCCCGCAGGUACGGCACGCGAGCUUGUGGCACGGAGCGCCGGCGGCGGGCGGCGCGAGCCGGGCGCCGAGGAGGCCGUGCUGGCGGCGCUGCGGCGCCAGCUGCAGCCGCACCUGCUGGCCGCGCUGCACGCGCACACGCACCACCAGCGCCCGCAGGUACGGCACGCGAGCUUGUGGCACGGAGCGCCGGCGGCGGGCGCGAGGAGGCCGUGCUGGCGGCGCUGCGGCGCCAGCUGCAGCCGCACCUGCUGGCCGCGCUGCACGCGCACACGCACCACCAGCGCCCGCAGGUACGGCACGCGAGCUUGUGGCACGGAGCGCCGGCGGCGGGCGGCGCGAGCCGGGCGCCGAGGAGGCCGUGCUGGCGGCGCUGCGGCGCCAGCUGCAGCCGCACCUGCUGGCCGCGCUGCACGCGCACACGCACCACCAGCGCCCGCAGGUACGGCACGCGAGCUUGUGGCACGGAGCGCCGGCGGCGGGCGGCGCGAGCCGGGCGCCGAGGAGGCCGUGCUGGCGGCGCUGCGGCGCCAGCUGCAGCCGCACCUGCUGGCCGCGCUGCACGCGCACACGCACCACCAGCGCCCGCAGGUACGGCACGCGAGCUUGUGGCACGGAGCGCCGGCGGCGGGCGCGAGGAGGCCGUGCUGGCGGCGCUGCGGCGCCAGCUGCAGCCGCACCUGCUGGCCGCGCUGCACGCGCACACGCACCACCAGCGCCCGCAGGUACGGCACGCGAGCUUGUGGCACGGAGCGCCGGCGGCGGGCGGCGCGAGCCGGGCGCCGAGGAGGCCGUGCUGGCGGCGCUGCGGCGCCAGCUGCAGCCGCACCUGCUGGCCGCGCUGCACGCGCACACGCACCACCAGCGCCCGCAGGUACGGCACGCGAGCUUGUGGCACGGAGCGCCGGCGGCGGGCGCGAGGAGGCCGUGCUGGCGGCGCUGCGGCGCCAGCUGCAGCCGCACCUGCUGGCCGCGCUGCACGCGCACACGCACCACCAGCGCCCGCAGGUACGUCACGCGAGCUUGUGGCACGGAGCGCCGGCGGCGGGCGGCGCGAGCCGGGCGCCGAGGAGGCCGUGCUGGCGGCGCUGCGGCGCCAGCUGCAGCCGCACCUGCUGGCCGCGCUGCACGCGCACACGCACCACCAGCGCCCGCAGGUACGGCACGCGAGCUUGUGGCACGGAGCGCCGGCGGCGGGCGCGAGGAGGCCGUGCUGGCGGCGCUGCGGCGCCAGCUGCAGCCGCACCUGCUGGCCGCGCUGCACGCGCACACGCACCACCAGCGCCCGCAGGUCGGGCUCAACGCUCCAGAAUACGACGAAGCGCCUCUUAACCUGGUGGCUUCCCACGCGGCCGCCGAGGAGACGCACUGACUACCCCGCUACAUCAUCGCGUGCGACACCGCGUGACGUCACGCGCGCACGCUCGCGGGACCUAUGCGGGGCCGGUGAACAGUUCUGCAGAACAGGUCGUAGUAGCUAGUAACAGAAACAAUAUUUUUCGAACUAUGUUGAAGGAUACAGAUGAUAGAUUUUUGAUCAACCACAAUGUGAAAAUGAUGAUAAAAAUAUGUUAUUUCAAUAUGUAAAAUCUAUUAGGAGAUUGGCCGUUGAAUAAGCAGCAAUAGGUGAUUAAUGGUUGAGCAUGGAAAGAUUUGUGGUACGGCCAAGCUCCUAAAACCGCAAGUAGUUAACAUUUUAGGAUUUUAGAAGAAAUACCUUUUCUGCAGAACUGCGUGUACGAAUCAGCCGUCACUCGCAGCCUCACUCAAGAGAAACUUAAAAAGUAUUUUUACACAAUUUCACGAUACUUUUUGAUUUAUUUACCAACAAAGUUGCAUGUGCAUUAUUUGCAUUUCGUGCUAUGAGUUUUGUCAAAUACAUUAUUACAGCGAGUAUUUCAUAAUGUGGAUUAUAAGCAAACGCGAAAAUUAUUUUUAAUAAUACAGCCAUUUUUAUGAAAUACUCGUUAUAAUAUUAAUUAACAUAGCGGGGUUGAAAUAGCUUACGAUACGAUGUAUAGUCGUCGUGCAGCAGACAUUUACCUUUGUUGAUUUUCUAUAGUGAUAGUAAGGCCAGUCUAAUGACAAUAGUUGAAUGAAAUAGUGCAAAUUGUUCCAAGUUGCUUCGUUCUUCAAGUUUAAGUUAAUUAUAAAACGCCCGUUAAAUCGUAAGAGUACUGUGUGGGAGUUGUCAAAGUAUUAUUCUAGUAUAUAAAUGUUAUCUGUAUUGUUGACAGUAAAAUAGUGAAAUUAUACAAAUCAAAGAGCUGCGAGAGAACUUGGAACAGAACAUUAUUAAACAUUUCAGAGUUAAAGUAAUAUGUUAACAAGUAUUAUUUUUGAAAAGCAGGGCAUUAACUAACGUCGAUAGGGCCGCGCGUAGGCGGGCGGAACAAAAGCAAUAUUCGUUGUCAUUGUCUUAGUGCCUAUUUAUAUAGAAGUAAUAGUGCCGCGUAGUAGUUAGUGGAGAGUAUUUCCACAGUGUAUAUUCUUCAUGACUUGUGAUAUGUGUGGUUGGUAGAAUCAUGCGUGUCGGUAGUGUCGCAGUUUGAUAAUGUUGGAAAUGCAAAUUUUAAGACAUACUCAGCAGCUGUUAUUAUAUUAUAUCUAAUGUUUGGUAGAACGUAGCCGGGAUAGCUCGGCGGGAGGUGUGCACGGUUGCCAACGUAAUUUUAGAGGUGAAAUCUCAUAUAUAAACACUGAUAUUAUUGGUUUUAAGCCUUGCCUUGAAUGCUCUCUUAAUUAAUAAUAAUAAAAUUAUAUUUACGGUUACCUAUUGCAGGACGCAAGUAUUCAAUUAGAUUUAGGUGAUUUAAGAUAUUGUAAAUUUUAUUUACUUAGUAGUAACACUAAAAUUAAAUUAUAGUAAUCUAAUUUAUUUCCCAUUUCGGUCAGUAUUUACAAUGUAAGUAUUUUUUUUUAUCGAGUAUUUUCUUUAAUUUAGGCUACGGAAAACUAAGAAGCAAUAAUGACAAGUCUUCUCAUAUACAUAUUUACAUUUACAUAAUAGAAUACAAACCAUAUACAGAAAUAUAUUAAAAUUAAUAACUAGGUAGUAGAAAUACUAUUGAGCAAUAAAGUUUUGAAUUUAUCUAUUACCCAUUCACGCCUGAUAUAAAUAUUUAAAUAUAAUGUAGUGAUUCCAAUACUGAACUGUUGUGUGUUGGGAAAUGAUAUACCUACUUCGAUAUUUUUGGCAUUAUUAUAACUUAGAUGAACAGAUUAUUUUAGACAUACAGUUUUUCUAAUUCACUAAUUAACUCGGCAUUUUAUUACAUAGUUAUGCUAUCGAGUGAGCAUUACCGAUGACCAAACUUAGUGGCAUUAUUUUGAUAAAGGACGAAGUCAUAACAUAUCCCCGCUGGUACAGCAACAAGACCUUUGUGAUUGAAAAUCUCUUUUCAAUAGUCUGACCGACAUUCUUAUGGCCAGCGAAUGUUCGGGAAACUGUACGAAUAAAAAACUUAGAGAAACUUAUGGAGUUUUGAUGGUCAUUAAUGUAGUUAUUCUUUUGGCCAUUUGUUGUUUUUCCUCAUCGAUCCGCUGACUCUUACGAUCUUGGAGUGGCUGUUUUAAUAAUAGUGGUCAGUCUAAAAACAAGAAUGUUAUAGGUAAAGCAGAAACGACAUCUUAUUAGAAUAUGGAAAUUAAAUACGAAGAUGAUACGAGCCAUUUUCUGCCUGUAUUCUAUAAGAAAACAUCCUAAACCCGCCUUAAGUCAGACGAUAGAAGAAUAUAAUAGUUGUUGUGCUAACAGCGGCAUUACUAUUGGCGCAUAAUACAUUAUGAUAUUGUUACUUUUUUAAUUGAUAUUAUUGAUAAUGAGGAUAAAAACUCGAAAUUAAUUUUGCUUUAGCUACAACUUUAUCUUGUUGACAGUUUGAGUCUGACUGUCUUAUUAAAAAAAGUAUGAAAAGAUCUUUUCUCUGACAUAAUAUGCCUCGUCGCUAUUGUUCAGCGGGGACGUUUAGUGUUCGUCCUCCCUUGUACCGGAUUCACCUCAUUACGGUCAGUGUUUUGUUUUAUAUUUUGCAAAUAGCAAAAAAAGCAUUUAUAUUAUGUAAAUUUUAUGGGCUGUUUAGUUAUUGCUUCCAUUCUACUUAUUUAAUUGUGUUUACACUUUGAUCACCGUCCUACACUUGACGUCUUACUUAAUUUAGUGUUAGUUUGUUUACGAUCGAACCCCACGGGCCAGUAAAUGCAGAAGUCUCAGAGACAUUGUGAUAAUACUUAGCUAGACAGAGCUCGGCAGAGUUCUCUGGUAUCAUGUGAUUUAAUUGCAGCUGAACUCCUCAAUAUUUUCGUCAAGCUUAAUGUAUUUAGAGCUUUAAAAUUGAGAUUAUUUAUUCUUUAUAAUACUAUUGGGACCUUCUAGUUGUCGUUGAAGGCUUCCUGUCUGAGCUCAUACUUUGGAUGGCAGUUUACCUCUCGACAAUAAUGUUUCUCUAAUCUAUACUUUGUAAUUCUCAAAAUUUCGCUCUCUAUUACUUAUUUAUUCAUUUUUUGUGCGAUGACUCGCGAUCACAAUUAAUGAUGAAUCAACUAAUGUUGUAAUAAUUAUGCACUAAUUUAGUGCAUAAGUAAAUAUUUUUCUAUGAGAAUUUUGAAUUAAAGAUGUUGUAGUGAAUUGAGUUUUUAUUCGUUUACUCGAGGAUAAACCCAUAAAGGCUCGUUUGUGUAAUGUCUUACGUUUCUUUUAAUAACGGGCUGUAUUCUUCGAUUCGGGAUUACAGUUCGAUUAUGUCAUUCUCUAUUCAUAUUACUGCUUGCAGUAGUGAUACAGUAUUAUUUUAUUAAAUUCUACUCUGUACAUUGUUAGGUUUAUAAUUUUAUAUUUUCUUAGGUUUUAUCUAGUUGACGUCCGAAUUUAUCUUUUUUGUGUACAUAAUGUGUCCAUUGAUGGUUUCGAAUACAAAUUUAGUAGUAAAGCAACCAGUCCACAACGCGAGUAUGUUUUUAUAUGGAUUUUAGUAGACCAAGUUGAAUCAACCUUCCUACUUUACAUUUCAUUGUGUUAAUCGGAAGUAACAAGUAGAUAUACUCCACGAUCUUCCAAUUUGGUUAUUUAUUAUUAUUAUUUAGGUUAAUUUAUGAUGUAGUGGUGUUAAGAGUUGAUGAACAAUGUAUAUCGUCAUUUAGCUACUAACAAACCGGUUGUGUUGUGUGUGCUUACGCUCUAACAAGCAUGUGUUUGUGAUUUCGUUUUAUUAUAUCGUCCGCAAUGGACGUCGUACCAAUUCUAUUGUGUAUUUAUAAUUUAUGCUGAAAUAUUGGCUUUAAAAUUCCACUCGAUAAUGACAUCUUAUCUCGAAUAUUAAAGACUGACACUGCUCCCAAUGAAGUCUUCUGUUCAUAGUUCACCUCUCUCAUCUUGUCCGCAGCGAUGUCGGUGAAAGUAUUUAAUUCGAUUAUUGUGAUAGUAUAUGUUUGAGAACGAGAAGUGUGUUUCCAAAAGCAAUAACAUUGUGAUAUGUGGUGAUGACCCUUGUACGCAAGACUCAACAUAAAUUUAUUCUGCAUAGUAUAGAUAAUAUUGUCAAUUAUAAGAUUGUUGUUAAAUGUGCACUGAGCGCUUGAGCUCACAAUUAUAGGAGAUUUAAGUAAAGCCUCAAACGAAAUAGAAUCUUUUGUGAUCAAGACAUAGUAAGAAUAGUUGUAAGAUUGUAAAGUGUAACAAAAUAUUUAUUAUAGUGAAGACAUGCGUAGUAAGGACCCUAGGAGUUGUGAGUUCGGUAGUUCAGCUUUCACUUAUGUCGACAUUGACUCUAUGUAUGCUACUUACUGAUCUAAUAUUCUCGAAGUGUAUAGAGGUAGGCACUCUUGCUCCAUCUGUAGUUAAGUUUCAAUCGAAAGACGUAAAGUAUAAUUUCCAGCAUAGAAAGCUUAUGGACCAUUUAUUAAAUUGUUGUCGUGAUUACGUACCUAUGUAACGUAUCAAACGUAAUUUUCAGCAUAAAUUAUUCGAUGGAGAUUUUCGUACGAACACGUGGCCGGAAUACUCAUUGUGAAACAUUAGUUAUUGUUGUAUAGAUGAUAAAUAAUGUGACUUACGCAGGGAUGGAUACUUAAAUUAUUAAAAUUUUAACUGAUAUAUUGGCUAUGUAGCGAGUAGAAUAUUUUUUUACAAAUAAAUUAUAGCAGCUA